UCCAGUUUCCAUUUGCUCUUCAGAGACAGAGACAGAGAGAGUAACAGAGACAGAGACAGACAGAGUGACAGUGACAGAGACAGAGACAGACGAUGGGGUUUGUGUGUGGGGUGUUUCUCCUGCUCACUCUGCCUGCGCUGGCUCGGACUGAAGUAGUGAAUGAUUUCAAAGUGUGUAAAGAUUUCUUUUUGAAGGGGAAGGCUCCGACAGUGCUCCCUGAUCAGAAUCGUUACAAACGGAUCUGUCAGAAAUAUGGAGCUUCCCAAUAUCACUUCGCAACUCUUUAUGACACACAAAAUAAGAUUCCUGUGUACUCAGCAUAUAAAUAUGACAACAAGAUAUCCUGCGACAGGUGUGACAGAAAGGACGGUGCCUGGUAUAUUGAACCUCAACUAGAGGGUGACAACAAGGUUAAAGACAUGACCUUGCAAAGCAAGACGUCGGUAAGGAAGACAAGUUUGAAGCAAGCACUGAACAACGACUAUGAGAACAGCUCAUUCGACAGAGGUCACCUGUUGCCUUUUGCUCACGCGCAGGAAAGGUGCACCAAAGAGGCGUCUUUCACACUGACCAACGCCGUCCCCCAGGAUCCGUGUCUCAAUCGCAUCUGGUGGCUGCACAUGGAAAAUAAAGUUCUUAGGUAUUUAAGAGAAUGCAAAGAGGCCUGGAGCUGUGCCUAGCAAGAGCUCUGCGACAGGGAAUAAGGCAAUUGAGAUAGGCAAUAAGGUUAAUGUACCCGAGUAUCUGUGGACGGCUUUUUGCUGCAGACAUGCUAAGAAGUGGGUAUCAAUGGCUCAUUGGGCUCCGAAUGAACCCAGUGGCAAAAUCAAUGAAUUGACAUUGACUGAUCUUAAAAAGAAGCUGACACAAGAUUAUGGCAACAACUUCCUCAUAUUCGGUAACAGUUGUCAAAAUCCCUUUCAAGGGAUCAGCACGGGGUCAAAAAGACGUUGCGUACCUACAGGCAAAUAAGACCAAUGCUAAUGCAAAGCGCCAAACUUACAAGCUAAAUUGUUAACAAAAAAAACAAAACAAAGAUAGAAUAAGAUCUGUUGCUUGAUUGUGAUUAUUGCUAACGCUUAUUAAAGAGCUAAAAUAAAACAAAACAAAGAAGCAAAAGGCCGCACUCAGUUGGAUCAGAACCUAUUCAUGUAUGUAAGAUAAGGGGCUGCAAAUAGCAUGUAUUGAUAAAAGUUUCACAACUUGGGGUAAAUUCAUAAAGUAUGAAUAUCAUUUCAUUUACCUGGCAAAAUGUUAUUUCAGGUAGUAAUUUUCAUUAACUGUACAUUCAUUGUGUUGUAUUUAGUAUGUAAGUAUAUUUGUACU